GGGAGGAAGGCGGAGGCCGAGGCCUCCGCGGGGGGAGAAGAGAGAAGCAAGAAGUGGAAGGCGGGUCCCCACCCCCUCCCCCUGGACUGGCGCUGUCCCCGGGGGAGGACUAGGCCGGCCCCUUGAGCCGGCUCUCCCUCCCCAUCCCCAGCGACACCCAGGUCGCUUCCACUCGCAGUGUCUGCGCUCUCUUCCCUCCUGGAGCUCAGGCUGCCCUCCCCUCAGUCUCUGCUGUCCAGCUGCUGAGGACUCCCAGCCUCUGCACCCUCCAGAAGACCCUCUACGUCACCUCCAUGCCCAGCCGGGGCUGCCCCUGGGGGUCCUGGCCCUGGGGGCCAUGGUGGAGAAUUCUUUGGAGCACAGCGGGCCAGGGAGGAUGUGUAGGGGCUGCCUCGUGGUCCUGCUGGGGUUGGUCCCGGAGGCCUUGGGUGGGCUGGGAAGGCUCUGCCCUGUGGGUCAGGCCUCCACCCCAGCUUCCCAUCCCACCUCCUUGCGGUGCCCUUGGCCUCGAGGGUCUCCCUGGCUCUCCCAGGUCCUGGCGUCCCUUGGGCCACUGCCCCUCCCUCUGCAUCCCCCCAGAGCAGACCAGGUUCUGGGCUAAGCUGUCUUCCCUGUUCAUUGCCUCAGGGAGGCUGAGGGCAGCUGAGACGUGACUGGCAAGAGGCAGGCUUUGGGCCAGCAGGGCUUUGGGGGGCUUGUGCGUUGCCUCCCUCAUGCUGGCCUGGGAAGUGCAGGUUCCCAGCCACACCCUGGUCCUGCCCCUGGGAGUCCACAGCCUGAGAGGGCAGUGGCUGGCUUCAAGGGCAGCCCAAUGGACCAGAAAUUUCAGUGCACAGACCUGGGUUCUGGUCUUGAUUGACUCGCUUAGGCAGCUCACUGCUCCAGCAAACCCAUCCUCUCAUCUGUAAAGCAAGCAUGGUGGUGCAAGUGAUGCUUAAUGUUCAGGGUUGUGGUGGAGAGUAAAUGAGACGGGCAUUGACUGUGGGAGUUGAGGGUGACCAGAGGACAGGCUAGAGUGUGUGCUUGAGCUGGGGAACCCCAUAGGGAGGCUGUUAGCCUUGCAGGGUUGAGGGACACAGCGGAUCCCUAUUGGCAGAGGGAGAUGUGGACUAGCUUGCAUUGGGAGCAAGCAUCACACCCUGCAAACCUCAGGGCCUCUGGGUGGCUCUGGGCAGUGUCUGCUGUGUGGGAUCCCAGUCCCCGGUGGCUCUCAGCAGUGAUCUGAAGUCCCUCAGCAGCUAUUGCUCCCACUUAACUUGCCUAAUUCCUGAGCCACCUGACUCCCAGUGAGCUGGGACUGCCACCCCAAGCGUCUUGUGGGGUCUGGUUUGUCUGCUGCAAGAUGUGCACAUGUGAGAGCCCAGGGGAGCAUGGCCAGGAGGAAGGCAGAGGCUUGAAGGACAGGAUGAGAAGAGGUUCUGGUGUGUGUGUCAGGGGAGCCUGAGGGGACCAUUAGGGUCAGGUGCUAAGUUGGCAAAAGGACGAAUUCGAGCCCCUAGGGAAGGGGUCUGGCUCCAGGGAAGUGCUGGCGACCACAGAAGGGAGGUGUUGCCCCAUGAUCUGGAGGCUGGAGGGAGCAGUGGAAGUGUGGUGCCUGAGAGUGGGACCCUGGAGGUCCGUGCUGGGCCUGAUAUGGACGGGAAGUGGGGAGUGGGCAGGAGCCUCCCAGAGACUGCUCACCUCCUGGGCAGGGCUGGGGGCUCUGGAUGGUGGGAAGGGGCAGUUUAGUAGCAGAGGACCCAGCUCUUGCCCACAGAAUCACAGAAGGGGUCCCAACAGGGACCGGAGGGGCUGGAUGGAGGGGAAGAGCAGGUGCCCUCACUCGUGGGUCAGGAAGGUGGGAUGCUCCAGAAUUCCAGGACCCCCUCAGGCCUUCUCUGACAUGCCCGUGAGCCUCAAACAGGCUGUGGACUUUGCCUGGAAUCUGCCCUCAUUUCCUCUCCAUCCUCCCAGUCCAGCCCCAGCAGCCCCUCCUCUGAGAACCUUUCCAGAUCCCUCUGGCCCACGCCUCCUUCUAAAGGACAGGCCUGUCUCAGAAGUUGCUGCUCCCUUCAGCGCAGCCGUCACCUGGAAGAAAGGCUGCCUCGGUGUGCCACGGAGGGGCGCUCAGUGCCACUCUGGUGCCUCCCCUAGUGUCUGGGCUGGUGGUCUCUGCCAGAGACCCCCACAGCUGGUAUCUUCUGCCCAUCUGUCACAGGAGCAUUCAUCUAUGGCCCUUUGGUGGCCUCUGCAAACCAUGAGCCAGGUACGAGGAGCCAAGUGGGCCAAGGAGCAGAGGCAGGGCCGUGCUUGAGCUGGUCUGUCUGACCCUCUGGCCCUUUCCCUUCAGCCUCCAGGGCUGCAUCAUUGAAUCUGUGUCCCAGGGACCCCAGAAGUGGGCCCGCCCCCUCCUGUCCUCAGUGGAGCCACCCCCCAGGAGUCCCUGGGGCCGUGCACCUAGCGCUGCCUCUUCAGCAGGCCAGCCUUUCACCCACCAGGGUCUGUUCCCAGGGCCACUGAGAAGCGUCCCCCCAUCUUGUCCUCUGCAGGCAUCAUGGUGCCUGUCAUCCUGCCAUUAGAGGGUUCACGUGAGGGAGGUGCCAUCUCACUGUGGCCUGUUGUACCUGUGAGGAGCUGCGGUGCAAAGGGGAAGCCUCUUGCUCCGGGUCUCGGGGAGUGUGAGACGGAGUAGGACCUCACUUGGGUUCCUUCCGACACAAGGUGGGGCACCCGGCACCUGGUGUGUGGAGAGGCCCCUUGGAGGGGGUGUCAGGUGAGGUGGCCACCUCAGUCUGGGAGCCGGCAGCCUCUCUGGCAUCUGGCCUGGACACGAGGGGAUGGGAGGGAGAUUCUAGGCCCCCAGUGGGGAGAAGGGCAUUGGCGCGCCCGGAGCCUGCUCUAGGGGCUGGGCUCCGUGCAGUGAGUGGGCCCUGAGCUGCAUUCCUGCCCACAUCCUGCCCCCAGGCACUGAGAGCAGCAGCUGCACACCCAAGGGGCCGUAGGGGAGGGCACACCGCUGGGACCUGCCUGGGGACCGCAGGCCCAGCCCACAUUGAGUUCCUGAAGCUGGAGCCUCUGGCAGCCCUUCAGGGAGGGAGGGAAGAGGCACCCCCCUCAGCAGAUGCUCACCUCCAGGCAGCGCCCGAGGACACUGCCCCACCUGAGUGCCGGGUUUGGAGAGGGGCUCGGUGGGCCCCGGAGCCCUGGGGUUUGGGAGGCUUGUGCCCAGGCCAGUCAUGGCAGAGCCAGUGGAGGGCUUGUGGCUGGAGCUGAGCUGCCUGUCCAGCUGUUUCUCCGCUCUGAGUCAGGAUGUCAGUGCUCCUCAGUCUGCCUUCCAUUUCUCUCAACUACCCCCCCACAGACGGUCUGAGAAUUCCCCAGGGCCGUCUUCAAACCCCUAGCUGUCCCAGCUGUGUGCACACCAUGUCACGUCACUUGUGUUCAUCUCAAUUCCUGUUUUCAUCUCCAGGAUUCUGUACUAUUUCUUGCUCAUAUUUGCUGGUUCUUGUUUUGUUUCUGCCAGUCAUUCUCAUUCUGGCUUAUGGAUUCUGUUUCUUUAUCUCUUUGAAGAUCCUAACUGCCUUUGAAAGGUAUCAGUAGAUUACUCUGUCACCUUCAGCUCUUCUGGAAGGAAUGAAUCAUAUUUGACACUGCUGCUUAGCCUUCUUAGCCUCCGUUUUCCUCCUGUGCUUUGAAAUUGUGGCUUGCAGGCUCCUCUUAGGUGGGAGCUAAGUCCUGGAGGCGGGGAGUGACCUGCAUACUGGGGCAGCAGCUGGCUCUCAGGACAGUCUCCUGGGGAAGGCUUGGCAGGGGGCACAGAGCUGCCUGCGGUCCGGCAGCGGGGAUGCUGCCUGGCACAGAGUACGUAUUUGGAAACAUUUGCUAUGAGGAAGUAGUGGAGGAUUCUCAGGCUGGGAGCCCAGGAGGAGGCCCAGCACGGCUGUGAGAGGUCCACGUCCCUACCCUGGUCUUGGUGCACUGCCCAUAGCUGCUCCCAGGAGCAGGUGUGCAGGGUCCUGCCUGGAAGCUGGCGGGCACCUCUGUCCAGCAGGCUCUGGGGGGUACAGCCACCAUCUGGACAUGUGUACGGAAAGCCUCACUAGUGUGACGUACAAGGAGCCAGGAAACUGGUGGGUUUGAUUAAAUCGCAUUUUAAUUAAUGUGGCCAGGCCGGUGGAGGGUGAGGAGGAAGCUGGGAAGAAGCGGCAGUUUUGAGUGACUGCUGGGGAACCCGCAGGGCUGUCCUCCCAAGGCUUAUCUAGCACGUUGCCCAGCAUGUGACCUAGUCUGUAUGGGACAGCUUCUGCCCUCUGCCCUGUCCCCAGCAAGGGACAAUCACAGGGAAACACUAUAUUAAUAGUAUUUAAUUUCCCCUCCUGGCUAGCAACAGAUGACUCAAGGAUUAAUUAGACAGAGCCAACAGAGAGGGAUAGGAAAUUGCCAGGUUGUGGCCCCACCCCCAGCCCCCUCCCCAGGCCUCCGACCUUCCUGUUGCUCUUAGAGGCCUCUGAAGGGAGGGAAGCAGAGAGGGGCCAGGAGGCCCCGGGAAUCUUCCUGCUGCUGCUUUCCGAGGGCACUUCCCCAGCUCCGUUCCACCCUUUCAUGCUCAUGGUGAGGCUGGGAGGUCAUAGUCUCUUUGGGCCUUAGAUCCCUCAUCUGUAAAGCGGGGUUCAUGGGGUUGGCUGAUGAGAACACAGACAACCCCCAGAGCCCCUGCACCCUCACUUCCUGUGCUCCCAAGCAAGCCCCACUAUUGAAGAGGGUUUGGAGAGGAGUCCAGGCUGGUAGCCCUUGGGAGAGCACAGGCCUUGAUGGCGUGGUGGUGGCCGGAACCCAGUUCUCCCCAGCUGGCUGACUGUAUGGUUGAUUCCCUAUUCCUGUCAGUGACACAUCAGAAGCUUGAAACAGGCCAUCAAGGGAGCAUUUAUAUUGCAAAAAUCUGGCAAAGGCCACAAGUUAGGGUGCCCCCAACCCUGGGCUGACAGCUGGGAAGCUCCGACCUCCUCCCGUUCUCCUCCCUGCCCUGCCUGCCUCACGGUGCCCUGGGCUCCACUGACACGCUUCGCUUGGGGCUGGGAGAUUCUAGUUUGGUGAUGCCCAGACUGUUCCUGGGGCCAGUGAGCCUCACCCUGGGAUGUGCUGGCAGCAGCUGGGGGACCUGCAGGAAAGCUGUAGAAGGCCACUGGGGAGCCCGAUGUGCAGGGAGGCAACCUUUUAGGACCUAGCCAGCCGGGGCGCAUUAGAUGUGUCUGGCUCCUUGCAGGACUGACAUGGGCAGGAGGGUCUACUGCAUCCAGGGAGACCUGGACGGGCACCCCAGCCUGGAGGACAGCAGGAAGGGUGUUGGUGCCAGGUGCUGUAGACCUGGGAGCCCACAGUAUAGAAGGUUGUGGGGAGACCCUGAGAACUGGGGGGCUACAGGCAGGCACUCGGGGCUGCCAGGAGACCCUCACUGAACAGAGGGUUGGGUUAGGGUCCCCAAAUGCCCUUCCAUGCCAGGCAGCCCGGCUCACGUGGAGUCAGCCCAGCAUCCAGGGUAGGUGCUAGUUGGGGGACCCCAUCAGUAGGGCUCUGGGCAGUGGGGCCACACAGCCCAGCCUCAGCUCACAAAAAUGUACUUCUCUGAGUCAGGUGGAUCACUGGCAGUCCCACCUCAUCUGUCCCCAGCAGAGCCCUCUGUAUCUGGACGACAGACUGGGGCCAAGCCAGGCUUCUGCCCUGGGCUGUUGGCUGAGGCCAGGCUCCAGCGCCCUGUGCUCCAGCACCACCAGUGAGGGCAAGGGGGCUUGCCUGCUGGCAGUGGAAGACAGGACCAGACAGCUACCCGGUCCUUCCAGGUACCUCAGGAACUCAGGCCGAGCUGAGCCAAGAUGCCGCCAGAGCCCCUGGAGAGGGCCUGGCUUCUGGAGGCUGGGUUGAAAAGGCCCUAGAGGCGGCCCCCCAUUGGCAGGGACGCCCCUGGCUCCUGUGAAGAAGGGGCUCAGGGCCUGGGCAGGGCCGGCAGUGCUGCAGCUAUGGACCGUGAGCUGGCCCGGCCCGCGUCCUUGCUGACCCCGCCCAGCGGCGGCUGUGCCCACCAUGGGUUCCUGGGUGUACAUCAUGGUGGAGCUGGCCAUCGCUGUACUGGCCAUCCUGGGCAACGUGCUGGUGUGCUGGGCUGUGUGGCUGAACAGCAACCUGCAGAACGUCACCAACUACUUUGUGGUGUCCCUGGCGGCGGCUGACAUCGCUGUGGGGGUCCUCGCCAUCCCCUUUGCCAUCACCAUCAGCAUGGGGUUCUGUGCCGCCUGCCACAGCUGCCUCUUCUUUGCCUGCUUCGUGCUGGUCCUCACGCAGAGCUCCAUCUUCAGCCUCCUGGCCAUCGCCAUUGACCGCUACAUCGCCAUCCGCAUCCCACUCCGGUACAAUGGCUUGGUGACCGGCACAAGGGCCAAGGGCAUCAUUGCGGUCUGCUGGGUGCUGUCAUUCGCCAUCGGCCUGACCCCCAUGCUGGGCUGGAACAACUGCAGCCAGCAGAGGGAGGGCAGGAACCAGUCGCAGGACUGCGGGCAGGGCCAGGUGGCCUGCCUCUUCGAGUAUGUGGUCCCCAUGAACUACAUGGUGUACUACAACUUCUUCGCGUGUGUGCUGGUGCCCCUGCUGCUCAUGCUGGGCGUCUACCUGCGGAUCUUCCUGGCCGCCCGGCGCCAGCUGAAGCAGAUGGAGAGCCAGCCUCUGCCAGGCGAGCGGGCUCGGUCCACGCUGCAGAAGGAGGUCCACGCUGCCAAGUCGCUGGCCAUCAUCGUGGGGCUCUUCGCCCUCUGCUGGCUGCCCCUGCACAUCAUCAACUGCUUCACCUUUUUCUGCUCCAAGUGCAGGCAUGCCCCACCCUGGCUCAUGUACCUGGCCAUCAUCCUCUCCCACACCAACUCCGUGGUGAACCCACUCAUCUAUGCCUACCGCAUCCGUGAGUUCCGCCAGACCUUCCGCAAGAUUAUCCGCAGCCACAUUCUGAGGCGGCGAGAGGCCUUCAAGGCAGGCGGCACCAGCGCCCGGGCUCUGGCAGCUUCUGACAGCGACACAGAGCAGCUCAGCCUCCGCCUCAACGGCCACCCCCCUGGGGUGUGGGCCAACGGCAGUGCCCCCCAGCCCGAGCGGCGGCCCAAUGGCUACGCCCUGGGGCUGGUGAGUAGAGGGAGUGCCCCUGAGUCACGAGGGGACGUGGGCCUCCCAGACGUGGAGCUCCUCAGCCACGAGCUCGAGGGAGCGCGCCCAGAGUCCCCCAGCCUCGAGGGCCCCAGAGCCCAGGAUGGAGCAGGAGUGUCCUGAUAGUCCACUGGGUCUGCCCCUUCCAAAUGGAGGGGAUCGUUGUCUUGCUGGCUGGCGGAACCAGUCACGUUUGGGAGAAGCGUGCACAUGCCGGAGACCCCUCUCGUGGCCGGUUCCCACUUUGGACUGAGAGCAGGGAGCCCCGGCUGGAGCAGCAUGAGGCCCAGCAGGAAGGGGAUGGAGUCCGAGGAAGCGGACGUUUCAUGCUGGGAGGCGCUGCACCAGGCCAGGGCUCCAGCACCAGAGCACCUGGCUGGUCAGGGCUGGUCCCCAACUCCGGAAGCACCUGGACGUGCCACCGUGCCUCAGCAGAGCAGCUGUGGCAGAGCAGGCUGGCUGGCUGAGGCUGGGGAGUAGCUCCCAGGCCCCCUGCCACAGACACACCACCCGCCCCAGACUUUCCAAGGGUUCAGGAGCUGCUGUGCCUGGAGGUGACGUUUGACUUUUUUUCCAGGAGAAAACAUAAGCUGUGUGUGAGGAAACCCUUUGUAUCUUCUUAUCUUUCCUCCCUGGCUGCCGGGUCUGUUUAGGUCCUGCUGCUAACCUGGCACCAGGAUUUGGCCCAGGGAGUCCCAGGCACCCCUCUCCUGCUGCCGCGCUUCCCACGCGAGGUCGCGCGACUUGUAACAGCGGUGUCAGGGCGCGGGCGCAGGGGAGGGAGGAGGUCGGGGCUGGCCAGCACGGGGGUGGGGUGGGGGGGAGCCCAGGUGGCUCAGAGCUGCCUGGGUGGAGGCCCUGUCUAACCGCCUUUCCUUCUGAAGGGAGUGUUGUUGUUUUUUUUCCCCUGAGAUAAAGUAAAAAUGAGCCAUGAUGUGUUUUAAGCUUGUCACAAA